AGUGGGUCAGUGGGCCAUCCCCUCCAGUACCCCCACGGCCGUUCCCCCACCUCUGGUCGGUGUGUGCGAUGUUGUAAGUGUGUGUGUGUGUGUAUGUAUGACUUCACAACAGCACUAACAUAGACCUGGUUCAUGGGAAAGUGGGUCACCGGUCCCGAGUCACUUUCACUUAUUACAUGGGCUCCUAAUCAUUUUCCAUUGUAACCCCGUGCUGCCAACACGUCUCUCGGAAGGGGAUUCGCAGUUGAGGCGCUCUUGGACGGUCCGCGCUGGUCAGUUUGCUCACUGAAGUCCGUCGAGACGGAGGUGCCGUUGUUCCACUGGUGCGUGUGUGUUGUGUGCCUGCUCCACCGGAUUACUGUGCUGUGCAGUGUGCUUGCUGAUGCUCCACCAUGCCCUUAAACUACUUCUCCUUCGUGGUGACCUAACCGAACGCUCGUCCCUCCGACCAGUCCUUACCCCGUUGUACUGUUUGUGAAAUGUUACUGGACAUGGAGAACCACUCGACGUUGUUAUCUCUGAACAUGUCCCCGUUCAACGCCAACUCGGGGGACUCGCCCGCCCAGGCCUCCAGCCCCAUGCCCCAGUACGGCUCGCCCCCGGUGGCCUACAGCAGCUGCCAGCAGUCCAUGGGGCUGCCGCACCACCAGCCCCCCAUGAUGAUGUCCCAGAACAUGAAUAACCUAGACGCCUCUUAUAUCUUUUCUUCAGGGGCCAGCGCCAUCUCCGGCGUCGACAUGGGCGCCAGCUACCAGAUUUCCGGGCCGGCGACGUCGCUCACAGCCGGCGACCUCCCAGACACGAAGGACGGCAUCGAGGAGCUCUGUCCGGUCUGCGGGGAUAAGGUCUCCGGGUACCACUACGGCCUCCUCACGUGUGAAUCUUGCAAGGGAUUUUUCAAACGAACUGUUCAAAAUAAGAAAGUUUACACGUGCGUGGCGGAAAGAAGUUGUCACAUAGACAAAACGCAAAGGAAAAGGUGUCCCUACUGCCGGUUUCAAAAGUGCUUAGAAGUCGGGAUGAAACUUGAAGCUGUCCGAGCAGACCGAAUGAGAGGCGGCAGGAACAAAUUCGGUCCGAUGUACAAACGCGACCGUGCCCGAAAACUGCAAAUGAUGCGACAACGACAGCUGGCGGCGCAAACGCUACGGGGAAGCUCUCUCGGUGACGCCAUGUACAGCAGCCAGCCCGGAACAUCACCCUUCGCCAACAUCCACAUCAAGCAAGAAAUCCAAAUUCCGCAAGUGUCAUCUCUAACAUCGUCGCCCGACUCGUCGCCGAGCCCCAUCGCCGUCGCCCUGGGCCAGGUCAACACCUCCAACCUGGUGCAGCAGGCGUCCAGCCAGCAGCCGGCGCUGCAGAUCGUCGGGGUGCCCGGGGGGCCCUCCUCCAUGGUGAUGGGGCCCGACAACAAGCUCUGGGGCUCCGCCAACUCCACCACCACCUCGCCCCACUCGCUCAGCCCCAAGGCGUUCCAGUUCGACACGGUGGUGCAAGGGGGCAGCGCGCCGCCCUCCAGUAAAGUGUCGCCGCUUAUCAGGGACUUUGUGCAAGCCAUCGACGAUCGCGAGUGGCAAAACUCUUUGUAUACUUUACUCCAGAACCAAACGUAUAAUCAGUGUGAAGUGGACUUAUUUGAACUUAUGUGUAAAGUUUUGGACCAAAAUCUGUUCUCUCAAGUCGAUUGGGCGAGGAAUUCUGUGUUCUUUAAGGAUCUCAAGGUGGAUGACCAAAUGAAACUACUCCAACAUUCGUGGUCGGAUAUGCUGGUUCUGGAUCACAUGCACCAACGCAUGCACAACAAUCUUCCUGACGAAAUGACCCUUCACAACGGUCAGAAGUUCGAUUUGUUAAGUUUAGGACUCUUAGGCGUGCCCAGUUUAGCAGACCACUUCACUGACAUCACCGCCAAACUGCAAGAACUCAAAUUCGACGUUAGCGACUACAUCUGUGUUAAAUUUCUGUUGCUGCUUAACCCCGUAUAUUUUUUAGAUGUGCGAGGAAUCACAAACAAGAAACAUGUACAAGAAGGUUACGAACAAGUUCAACAGGCUUUACUCGAAUAUACGGUGACGUGUUACCCACAAAUCCAGGUAAUACAAACCACCAUAUUUAGAACAACCAUCUAUUUUGACGCCGUAGAUUCAUGCAGAUGCAGGAUGCUUUUAGUGUUGUGCAAGGGAGUUUCAAGAGGUUUCAACUUUAUGGAUUUCAAAACCAGCUAAAAAUCUUUGCAAGAGUAGAUUAAGAAAGCUACAUACGAUUUUUAUUUUUUAUUUGUGAAGUAAUAGGGAAAAAUACUUGCAUGGUUUUGAGGAAUCUACAGGGAUGGAACCUUUUUCUAGGAAAAAUAAUCCAUUUAUAUUAUUAUCUCUAAAAUCAUUUUUAUUGCGGGAGGAAACUAGCAAUGAAUAUUGUUUUUUUAAUUUCAAAAUUUUGAAAAAUCUUAAAACCAAGCUAAAAAUUAUUACAACAUACCAUCAACCAAUUACUCAAAAAGAUGGAAUCUUUAUAUAAAAAGGCAUCGUAUUUUGUCAUUUUAAUUUUUUUUUGUUUUUAAUUUUUUCAGACUGUUUUAGUUUGUAAUUUAUUUCUAUAAAAUCCACUUAGAUGAUUGGUAUUUCUGUUAAGUUUAAAUUGCAAAUAGUUUUUUUUUACUUAUAACUUUUUUACAAAGUCUUACAUCUGUGAGUCCAAAAUUUGAAGGAACUAAUAAUAAAAGACAAAAUGAAUAUUGUUUUUUAAUUUCAAAAUUUUGAAAAAUCUUAAAACCAAACUAAAAAUUAUUACAGUAUACCAUCAACCAUUUACUCAAAAAGAUGGAAUCUUUAUAUAAAAAGGCAUCGUAUUUUGUCAUUUUAAUUUUGUUUUUUUUUGUUUUUAAUUUUUUCAGAAUGUUUUAGUUUGUAAUUUAUUUCUAUAAAAUCCACUUAGAUGAUUGGUAUUUCUUUUAAGUUUAAAUUGCAAAUAGUUUUUCUAAAUUAUAACUUUUUUACAAAGUCUUACAUUUGUGCGUCCAAAAUUUUAAGGGAUUAAUAAUAAAAUACGGUGUACCUGCCGUGGUUUAAUUAAUUUUUUUGUUACUUUAAGUUCAUCUAGUUGUUCUAAAGUGUAAUAUACAAAGUGAGCAAAACCCAUUUAAUACCACUUUGCCUAACUUGUUUUUUAGAGCUUUUUUCGUUUCUUUGUUAUUUUUUUGAAGAACUCUCUAUAUCUUUUUGGUAUGUUUAUUUCAUCUUUUUUUUUCUCAAAUUUUAAUCAAACUGUACCAUCUCCACCACAUUUCAUUAAAGAAAAGUUUUCUCAACGACGAAAAUUUUAUUCCUCUCAUAAAAAAACUUGUUAGUUUUGGAUGUAGCACUUGAUAUUGUUAAUAAUUUUUAUUUAAUUUUUACACAUGAAAAAUUAAUAAAAUUAAAACUGAACUCAUCAUCUGUUCUAAUAAAUAUACAGGCUGUUCAAAAACUGGCGCACCAACUCAGUGGUACGUUGUUGAGAAGCAUGUGUAGAUCACGGGAAAAAUCUUGAAAAAAUUCCUAAAAUCAUACUUUAAAAAAUCUGGAGCUACAAACUUAUUUUGUUAACUUCUUCAGUUUUAUUAUUUUUUAAUGUUUUUAUGUUUCACACUAAGUAAUCGUUCCCUAACACAACGAUAAAUAACUAUUUUUAAAUUUCCCAUCAGACUUUAUCAGUUUUUUUACUUCAAAAAAAUUAAAAUUUAUCAAAAAAAUCACAGUUUGUAGAUGUGCCAACGCUGGGAAUUAUUUCCUAGGAAACCGUUUCAAUAAUAAUUUAUUUUUAUUGUUGAUCAAACUCUAUUGCGACCACGACUGUUAGACAACGUUGCCACAUAUCAUUUAUUUAAAAUUCGUUAUUUAUCAAUAACUUUAAUGCAAAGAAUUUUUUUACUAUUUUUACCUUUAUACGUAAGCAAUUCUUUACCACACUCCAUUGAGUUGGUGCGCCGGUUUUUGAGCACCCGGUAUAUUUGUUACUCGUUUUGGUGCUUUACAUUUUUUUUAUUUAAUUCUGAAUUGUAUAACGUUUUAGCGAUCGUCACUAUUUUUCCACUUUAACUUCGUAGCAUUGUUGAUUUUUUUUUUAGAUUAAAAUUGCAUUCUUAUGGAAAUAAAAUUAAAAGUUAACUGUUGAGAAAAAAUCAUUUUUUAAACCAAGACCGUUGGUAAUUGUUAUUAUUAUCAAAUGGUUGAUCCUACACACUUUACAGGCACUUAGAAAAAAAUAGGUGUGAAAAGAGAAAUUAUAUUUUAAGGGACAAAGUGAUUUACUCAAUUUUUUAACACUUUUUUUCUGCCUUUGAUGAAAUAAUCCCUUCUAGAUUUUUUCAUUAGCCUAUUUUUUAAUAGUUUUUUACUUAGAGGUUUCACAAGACCUCAUUUGUAUUAGGAAGUGAGAACAUGAAAUUAACUACAAAAUAUGCGUUUGUUAAUUAAAUAAUUAUUAUAAAAACUCGAGAUCUCAAUGCUGUGUUGAAUAGCUAAACAAGACAAACACUAUUUAUUUUACAUAUCUGUGGGAGUAUUGUAUGAUUUUAAUUAUUUAUUUUUCACUACCAUAAGGUCAUGAUUUUUUUACAUAACCAGUUCUUCAGAAGACUUGAAAAAAAUGCAUUUUCUCGUGAGGGGUCUAAUUUAAAAGUGUACAACCUCCAAGUUUGUUAUAAUUAUGCUGCGGAGUGUGUACAGUUUGUUAAAAAUUGAAGGAGAAACAUUUUUAUUUAUAAGUAAGUACAGAUUUCUACAACUGCUUUACUGAAAUUAGAACAAAGUAACAAUUAAUAAUUUAGAAAAAAAUCUAUUUUUACUUUUGGCUUUAGCUUACAAUUUGUCAAUAAGGUAGAAAUGUAACAAGAAUUCUUUCGUUACAGAGAAAGGAAAUGGGCUAAAGUUAUGCAAAACUAAGAUAAUUAUAUUUCAUUAAAAAUGGCAAAAUACAAGUACGAAUUUUUCAUUUUUGAUUACAAACAAAACUAUCAUAAAACGUUUCUUUAGAUAAAUUUGUAGUCAGUUUUUGUAUUGUGAUGAAGAAGAGAUACAGUGUAAAGUAAUUUGGUUUAUUUCUGAAAAUAUGACCAAAAAUACAUUGUUUGUAAGAGGUUUUUUUAUACAUGUAAAUCAUUAAUUUUACUUAAAGCUAUAACUGUAAAUUAAGUAGUUACGACAAUAAUUUACAAUAAAUGUUAUGAAACACUAAAAAUCACUAAAAAAUCUAAUAGUUGCAUAUUAAUAGCAUUUUUCCUUGUAGUUUUCUGCAAAGAAAAAUGUACAAUACAUAAAGAAGUUUUUCAUAUUCAUAAUAAUUUUAUUUAUAGGAUUUAGUUUCAAACGAGUGUAAUUACAAAAACCAAAAUUAGUUUAUCUUUUAAAUAAUAAUAGUUCAUAAUGAUAUUUUAGUAAAAUAUCAUUUGAUAAUCGUGGACAUAUUGUGGAUUAUUUUUGAAGUUAUCUAAUAAUUUACAGAUCUGAACAGCUGGAAUUUGUGUUAUUGGUUACAUCUGACUAAACUUCAGAAAUACAUUUUAACUGACUCACCCUGUAUAAACGUGCUUUUUUAUUGCAAAAAACGAAACAUUAUGGAAAAAUUUAAUAAUAAUAAUAAUUAAUUAUUUAUUUAUUUAUUUUCAAAAUCCAGCUUCUAUGCUAUCAAUAGCAAGACACAUACUUCUUUAUAUAAAUCUUUAUUUCUGGUGUGCUAAAUUAUUAUUGAUGUAAUUAUGCUUUACGAGUAUAAAUUGUAAUUUCAAAAUGCAAAUGACACCUUUGAUUAUAUUUUUCGAAUAGUUUAUUCUAAAUAAUAAUAAAAUAUGUUAAGUAAUCUGUACACUUUAGAACUUUCUGUGAUUUUAGACUUGAAAAAUAGACUGAAAAUUGAUAUUUUUUACAGAAUAAGACUAAAUUAAAUUAAAUAAUUAAAUUCUGCACAGAGGCACAACCUAUUUUAUUUUUCUUAAAAAAAAAAAUUAAAUUUACAUAUUGAAACCUUAACCUCUCUAAUCUCCCUACUGGUUUUAGCUUGUGAUUUUAUAUUUAUUACAAGACAAAAUUAAAUACAGGGUCGCUAAAAAGUAUGAAUGCAGUUAAAUAUUUCCAGAACUGUUUAACAGAGAACCUUGAAAUUUGAGAAACAAUAAAAAGUGUUUAAAUUCUAUCGUCUGAGUGCUUUUCGAAAUUUCUAUGAAUUAAAAACACAAAGCUAACUUUAUUUUUUUUAAUGAUACGAAAGGUCAAAUUUAAUAAUUUUUAAAAGAGCAUUUUUUUCUGAAUUCUGUGAUGUAAGAAAAAUAAAAAUUUUAAUUCAGGAUUUCUGGAAAAGUAAAACUAAAAGUAACAAUGGUACAUUUAAGUAAAACAGCGAAAAAAAUUCUAAUGUUGCUUUGUCAUAGCGACAGAAAGCCAAAAAGUUUGUGGAAAUCAUUUUGAACAAUUUUUAUAUCAUAAAAAUAAUGUUAUUUCCUCUUUAAAAUAUUUUAUUAAAACGUUAUUAAAAGUGUUAUUUAAACAAUUAUUUUUUACUUUUACUUAUUUUUUGGUCAAUGUUUAAGCAGUAAAGAGCUAACAGAGGAAGACAUCAUUUCCAAAGCUAUCAAGAUUUUACAUUUUAAAAAAAUUUUUAGUUCGAAUUUUUUUUUCUUAAGUUUCAAUAAAAUUAGGGUAUGCAUGUCUAACACCAUCAAACUCAGAAAAAAAUGCUUUUCUUAAAAGUAUUAAAUUUGAGCCUUGUUGAUAUUAAAAAAAAAACAAGUUUGCCUUGUAUCCUAAUAAUAUUCAACUGUAUUCAGUAUAUUGCAUUUUGAUGCAGAAUUUAGAUUUAUUUCAAAUGAACCA